CGCGGGACGCGCAGCAGCUCGGGCGGGUCGGCAGCGAUGGCACCCCCGCCCCCGCGCCCCGCCCGCCCCUGAGGGCGGCUGCUGCCGCCGGGAUGUUCAGCUGGCACCGGAGCUUCACCCUGGGAGCGCCCUGGAGGAGAGGUAAGAAGAGCCCACCUGCUGAGGACAAAGUCGUGUUAACACACAUGAAGAUACUGAGCAAUGAAGGAAUUCAAAACCCAGGGUUAAUCCCAGAGGCUCCAGCUGACACAGCCUGCACAGAGGAGUCCCAGCUUCCCGGUGCCAGUGUCCCACCAGACUGCCAGUGUCCAGAUGCAGCAGCCACACCAGCAGAUCCAGACUGCGUGGAUGGCCUGGCAAGCACUGACUAUGUAGCCACCCUGCCUGACCUCAGUGCCUUUGAGUCCAAGUGCCGGCUUCACAGAUUCUCCAAAUUUGAAUCUGAGGACUCAGGGGUUGAGUUGCCAAGCGGUGCUAAUUCUCCAUCAACGCCAACAGGCUCAGAGAAGAGCUUUGUGCUACACAGCAGAGACUCAUUUUGUGACUCGGGUGUGCUUAGCACCACUUCUUCUCCAGAAAUUGACCAUCAGUUAAUGAGAACAUGUAAUGAACAUGCCAGAAAAGUUAGCCUCCAAGAUCCAGAGACCCAAAAGCAAGCUGAUUACUAUGGUCAGGACGUAGAUGCUGUGCAGGAUCCUACAGCUUCCCUUGAAGACUUCAGUGGCCCUCAGGAAGGAAGUCCUGAUGAACAUUUUCACCAGGAUGACAAACAGUCUCCAGAAAAGGAAUAUACUGCAGAGAUGGAUCUUUCCAGGGAAAGCACUAUUUCCACCCCAGGUCCCAUAGAAGAGCCAAAGACAAUUGCUGACAAUUUUCCUGAGAAUUUUGGCAGCAUGCAAGACCUUCAGAUCCAUGAACAUCAGCUGAAGAAGUACCCCACAAGUGACAGCCUGGAUGAGUACAUGGAUGAAUGCUGUAGGCUGAGUGAGGUGAACCAAAGUAACAGCAAAGCCCUGGGAUCUGGUCUGGGAUACCUAGAACACAUCUGCCAGCUGAUUGAGAAGAUUGGGCAGCUUCAGGAGCACAACCUGCGUCUCCAAAAACAAGUGUGCAGCUUGCAGAAAGAGCAGAAGAUGAGUCAGAUAAAAGAGGAAUACAUUCUGCAGCAUUGCUCCUGUGGAGCUGCCAGUAUCUUCCUUAAUUCAUAUCAAGACAUGAAAACAAAUUUUACUGGGAGGAGCAGACCUCACAGCCUCUUGGUUCAGACUGGAAACCCUUCUGAUCUUUCCAUCAUCCCAGAAAUAGGAGCGAACACGGAGAAGCUGAGCAGCUGCCAUGGAAGUGAGAGAUACCUGCAAUCAGGAAAGAGCCAGCCAAUGAUGGGGCUCAGGAUGUCAUCAAACAAUAGGAACAACAAGGAGAAUGAGUUCAGAGAAGUUGGGAGUAUGGCUGAGGGACAGACUUUUCUCUCAAAGGAUCCUGCAGUAAGAAAGGCUCUGGACAUCAGCAAGUACAUCUCGGGUGAGAGCCAUGCUUGGAGGAGAAUGAGAGAUCUUAUGAGGAAGUCACGGUUGACAAACCAGAACAAGCUGGGGCUGUCCUCUGCUGCUCUGAAGAGGUCCUGCCCACAGUUGUAUAGGCCAGAUAUUAUGUCUUCAGAGCUGAGAAAAACUGAGAGGAACUCCAUGAUUGUUCUGGGACAAAAUACAAAGAACGAAAACUUAUGGCCUUUCUGACAACCUGAGUCAAAUGGAACAAGGUAAGAAAGUCAAGACAAGAACGCCAAAGGACACCAUCAAGAAUCCUGGGGUUACUCUGUGCCAUCUACAUCCUACAGUUGUCAACAGAGCAACUCUGAAUUGAGUGUUGGAAGGGAAAGAGGGAAGGGGGAUGUUGAGAAGGGUCUGUGGGCAGAUACAUGCUCAACUAUGUAUGGCUUUGCUCCUGAAUAUGAAGUGUACUUUUCAAAAGUCAAGCCACAGAUGAAAAUUGCUGUUAGCAUCUUGGCAACACAACCAACAGGGACACAACACAACCUUUAAGAUUUGGAAAUUCUUCUUCUUCUCUGAGUUGGGAACAGAAUUGCCCGCAACAUUGAAGCUUUUAAACUAUCAUUACUUUCUGGGGACAUCUUCAGCUGAAAUAAACAUUAGCUCUAUCUAGAGGAGUGCCAGAGACUCAUUGCCCAGGGCAGAAGUGGCUGUUGAAAGGACAGCCUCCUCCCUCUGGGGAGCCCGAGUUGCAGUCUCUGUCCCUAGCACAGUUCCUCCCUUCAGAGCUGCCUAUAGCCAGCUGUGCCAUUUCACUGGAAUCCAACAGGAAAACAAACUGUGUAAAGCUAAGGUCAUUCCUGAAUCCACUACUGGCUUCCCAUCCUGUGGGCCUUUUCCUUCCGCAGAGGUCCCUGAACUCUGGUGCUACCCUGCACAGAAGUUGGCAUUGUACACACUCAUUGUAAAGACCAGAGUAAGCAGCACUGCAGGAAUCAGCCUUCCAAGAGACUGGAGGGGCAUCCAGGGCAGCCUCUGCCCCACGCCCAGCCAUUGUGUAAUUAAUCUUU